CAGAUGCUGGGACAGGGUGUAUUGUCCGUGGAUAAAAAUAUAAAAUGCUGGUUAUUUUGAAAUAAUUACAGUGUGGGUAAAACUUUCAGCUAGUUGUUUCUGGUCCCGUUAUAGAACAUUUGCAGUACCCUGUCAAUAACCAGGACUAUGUUUCCUCCCCAUUAUUAGAUGGCUAGUUAGCUAGCUAUAUGAAAGAUAGUGAGCGAAUGAGUUGCUGCUGCUGCUAGCUGCACCGGCAGCCAAAAGGAGACGAACAGUGAGCGGAGACUGAGUUGCUCUUUUGGGCCGGUGUCAUCGGCUCAUUCCGGUAACUUAGUGCACUGAGCAAGGGGAGUGAAAUCAGUCAUCUGCCACGGUUGUCUUCUUACGGAGUGUUUAACCGCCCAAGCUCCCUCUGCCAGAAAGCAUGUUCCAGCUGCCGGUGAAUAACCUGAACAGCUUGCGCAAAGCCAGGAAGAAAGUGAAGACAGUGCUGGGGGAUAUUGGUUUGGAGUACUGCAGGGACCACAUCCAGGAUUUCGAAGAGUUUGCCCCCAAUGAAUUCUACGUUAAGAACACCACCUGGGAAGAUGUGGGCUUGUGGGACCCGUCGUCCACAAAGCUACAAAACUACCGCUCCAAGCCCUUCUGCUGCUCUUGGUGCCCCUUCUCCUCCAAGGUCUUCUCGGCCUAUCACAGCCACUUCCGCAACGUGCACAGCAGCUACUACGAGAGCCACAUCCUGCUCAACUGCCCGUACUGCUCCUACAGCGGCAGGAAGGGGGCGCUGGAGGUGCACGUGAAGCUGUUCCACGCGGGCUACAGCGUGCUGAACCAGGCCAUGGCCAGGCAGGGCGCGGCCGGGCCCCUGAAGGACGCGGGCGUGGCCCGCAAGCCCCGCCCUCCGGAGGGGGCGGAGCAGGCCAUGUACUACUGCAAGAAGUGCACGUACCGCGACCACCUGUACAACGUGGUGCGCAAGCACAUCUACCGCGAGCACUUCCAGCACGUGGCCACGCCCUACAUCAGCCGGGGCCCCGCGGAGCGGGCGGCGGGCUCCGGGCGCGCAGACACCCUGCACUGCAAGCGCUGCCUGUUCGUGCCGCGCACGCUGGAGGCCCUGGUGCAGCACGUGAUCGAGGACCACGAGCGCAUCGGCUACCAGGUGACCGCCAUGAUCGGGCACGCCACGCUGGCCCGCUCCGGGCCCCUGCUGCCCAUCGCGCCCAAGGCCUCCGCCGCGGGGCCGAAGGGCGCGGUCGCCGGGGGCGCGGGGCAGAGGGUGACGGUGACGGGCGGGGCGGGGCAGAAGGGCGGGGCCGCGGCCGGGCGCUCGCUCACCCCGCAGCAGCUGAGCCGCUUGGUGCCCGUGGGGGCGGGGCUUAAGCCCGGGCUUUUCUCCCUGAAGGGCGGGGCCCUGCAGCCCCUCUCCUCCGCCCCCCCGCAGGUACGCAUCACGUUGCCCGGCAACACGCAGGGGUCCGUCCCCCUCCAGUCUCUCUCCGCGAAGAAGCUCUUCGAGGCGAACGGGGGCGUCUCCAAAUGGCUGGGCCUGGGAGCCUCCUCCUCCUCCUCCUCCUCCUCGUUCUCCUCCUCCUCCCUGCCCUCCUUCCGCGUGGCGCCCAGCAAGGCGGGCGGCCCGGCGGUGAACACGGCGCAGACGCAGAAGUGGAAGAUCUGCACCAUCUGCAACGAGCUCUUCCCGGAGAACGUGUACAACGCGCACUUCGAGAAGGAGCACAAGGCGCAGAAGGUGCGGGCGGUGGCCAGCUACAUCGUGAAGAUCCACAACUUCACCAGCAAGUGUCUGUACUGCAACCGCUACCUGCCCAGCGACACGCUGCUCAACCACAUGCUGAUCCACGGGCUGGCCUGCCCGCACUGCCUCUCCACCUUCAACGACGUGGAGCGCCUGGUGGCGCACGUGCGGCAGACGCACCCGGGCGAGGCGGCGGGCGGCGCCACCACCGACUCGCCGCUGACCUUCGACCUCACCAUGCAGCACGGCGAGCCGCGGAACGUGCAGCUGCUGGUCACCACGUACUGCAGCAGCGUGCGCGACGCCUCGCAGGACCUGGCCGCCUUCCACGCCCAGGCCGACGGCAAGAGGGCGCCCUCUAGGGGCCCGGAGGGCGCCGGCGAAGCUCAGCGGGCCGCAGUGCGGCACAAGAAGGACGCCGGCAAGACGCUGUGCCCGCUCUGCUUCUCCAUCCUCAAGGGCCCCAUCUCGGACUCGCUGGCCCUGCACCUGCGCGAGCGCCACCAGGUGAUCCAGACGGUGCACCCGGUGGAGAAGAAGCUCACCUACAAGUGCAUCCACUGCCUGGGCGUGUACACCAGCAACAUGAGCGCCUCCACCAUCACCCUGCACCUGGUGCACUGCCGGGGCGUGGGCCGGGCCCCCGCCGACCCCCACGCGGCCCCGUUCCCCGGCCCGCUCGCGCUCGACCCGGCCCCCGCCAAGAGGAGGCGGACCGAGGAGCCCGGGGGCGUCGCCGCGGCGCCGGGGGACCCCGCCGGGCCGGGGCUGUCCUCGCAGCCGCGGGACGGGAAGUCGCACGAGGAGGCCAAGGCCUUCCUGGCCCGCUACUUCAACCGGCAGCCGUACCCGUCGCCGCGCGAGGUGGAGAAGCUGGCGUCGGCGCUCUGGCUGUGGAAGGCCGACGUCUCGCGGCACUUCUCCCUGCGCCGGCGCUCCUGCGAGCAGGACUGCCAGGCCCGCCGGCCCGCCGUGCUGCUGGGCUUCAACAUGCGGCAGCUCAGCCGCCUGCGGCACACCAUGAGCUUCCCCGCCGUCUACCUCUACCGGGAGCGCGACCGCGCCCGCGCCAGGGGCCCGGCCCGCACGCCCGCCCCCGGCCGGCAGGGGCCGCCCCGGCCCACGGGGCCCGCCAAGGGCGGCGCGGCGGGGCGUUCCGGGAACUGCGCUGAGCCCGGUGCCCCGGCCGCGGAGAGCGGCGUGGAGGAGAGGGAGGUGGGCGGAGCGGGGAGCUCCAGGGACCGCGGGACGGGUGUGGGAGAGCUGACGGACGCUGACCCGCAGGAGGAGCAGGAGAUGGGCGGAGCGGGGAGCUCCAGGGACCGCGGGACGGGUGUGGGAGAGCUGACGGGGGCUGACCCAAAGGAGGAGCAGGACACGGAGGCGCAGAGAGCCCCGGGCGCAGAGAGCGGGGCGGAGGAGAGGGAGAUGGGUGGAGUGGGGUGCUCCAGGGACAACACGACGGGUGUGGGAGAGCUGACAGACGCUGACCCGCAGGAGGAGCAGGAGAUGGGCGGAGCGGGGAGCUCCAGGGACAACACGACGGGUGUGGGAGAGCUGAUGGGGGCUGACCCGCAGGAGGAUGGGGAGGGUAGUGGAGCAGAGAGCUCCAGGGACAGCGGGACUGGUUUAGGAGAGCUGACAGACGCUGACCCGCAGGAGGAUGGGGAGGGGGAGAAGAGUGGAGCGGGGUGCUCCAGGGACGGCACGACGGGAGUGGGUGGGCCGGACGCCGGGCAGAUGGAGGCCUCCAGGACUGAGAGCGGAGCUGCUGAGGGAGGAGAGGCUAAUGGCCUUGGUUCAGACGAGGCGCCCUGGCGGGGAGGAGAGAACGGAUACGAUCUGGAGGGGGGCGAGGGCCCUGGCAGCACGCCGGCCCUGGGAGAGGACCUGGAUUUGGGAGCGCUGGAGUCCGGGGGUGGAGCAGCAGAGCCGGUCGCCGCCCCGCCCAGUGAACCAGCGGGCCUGGGCGCCCAGCAGACGUGAGGCACGCUUCCACGCGUGCGUGACUGAUCCUCAAACCCAAAGCUGGCCCGCACCACCAGGCCUGAGGAGAGACGGGGAGAGGUGACGGCAGUCCUCGAUCGGCUGGCCCAGAGGGCCGUCCUGGAGAUGGCAGCCCGCCCCGGCCUGUGUUGAGCUGCCUUUGAGCGGUCCAGCGCGGUGAAGGACUUAUUCCUGGAGCUAUGCUGAAGAUGCAACGAUGGCACGGAAAGCUGUGCCUUCGCUCUUAGGUUACGUUUUCAGAUAAUUUAUUGAUUAUUCCACCACCGGAGGGUUGCAAAGGUACUCGCUUUGAAGGUUAUGUUUUUUGAAAAAAGAAACAUGAAAGCUGACAUUUUUCCUAUAGUCCUACCUAAUGAUGUAUAUAUAUAUAUAUAUAUAUAUUUGUAGUCUUUCAGAAAUUUGAGGAGACAUGGCUUUUGCUGGCUGUGUUCCCCAUCUUUGCGCUUCUGUGCACACUUUGGUUCUUGGUUCAGUUGGAGUAAACUGUGCUGUAGUGUCUUGUCUCUUUUGUUAGAUUUCUUUUAUAUAAAAAGAGAACUACAGUAAGUUACAAAAAUGAUUGGUCAACAUGCAUAAAACUGCAGUUUAAACAACAUAGUAAUGCCUUUAUUUUCAUUUCGGUUAAUUAUUUUUCAAUUCUUCGAAAAUUGUUGUUUUCUGUAGCAGCGGUUCCCAGGUUUGUCCUGAGCAGGUGUUUGUUAAAAUCGGUUAAGGCUGUUUAAGUUGGACUAUAAUUUUUCCUUUAAACUUAAUUUGUUCAAAGGGAAUAUUUGAGUAAAUGAUUUCGUUUCUGUGACCUGUGACAAUAAUUUUCUUUGUAUGUUCCAUUACCAGCCUAUGCAGUGGGUCCCAGGACUGUGUUUGAGGAGCAUAGUCUGGGGGUCAUUCUGCGAAAAACUCAACCAGUGGUGUCGGGGGUGACCAUUUUUGACCAAUUUGUCAAUUUUGACAAAUUGUCGAGGGUGACCAUUUGUGCCCAAUUUUGCUCAAACUUUGUGUAAAUGUUAUUUAUUUAGUAAAUGGAGGAAAUGCAAAACAUCAGCCUCAUUGGAUUUGUCUUUCUAGAGAUACUGGCUCUUAAUGAAGGGGGGAGUGGUACCCAAAAACUCAUUGCGAGUGGAAAUUGGGGUUUGUGUCGAUUCCUUGGCAUUAAAGCAGGGAAAACCCUGAAAACAUGUACUAAAAUAUCCUGAUUACAUGCUCCGAUUUUGAUAAUACUGCUC